CCCCCCUCCCCCCCUUCCUCCUCUCCCCCGUAAUACAUCACAUCGCAUUCAACCGGUCCCUUUCACGCCUACUUCCUUCCUUCAGAUGCGUUUUAGGCCCAUCCUUUACUCGCUCGGUCAUGACAGAAAUGACCAGAAAUCUGGACUGCAUCCCCUACGAUGUUUUCUAUCAGGUUGCAUCCACCCUGGAUUGUCAUGACUUCGUGCAUCUCAGCCGGGUGAAUCGAACGUUGAAUGCCUUGAUGCGAAACGAGUCGCUGGCACGAAAGACCGUUGAGAACCACCUGACUCAUACCAAGGAAGGGCAAGAAGUGAGCAAAAACAAGUCCGGCUACCGCAAAGCGCUGGGGCGUCUGUAUGACAUCAAGGAAGCCGUAGCCACGGCUAAUCCGUAUUCUGCCUCAAUUAUAGGCUAUGGGAGCGCGUUCUUGUAUAGCGGCGGUGCGUUGUGCUACGUGUUCAACGAUGAGAUCCGCGCCCUGGAUGUCCAUGGCGCCAGUCAGGUCGAGUAUGUACUGAAUCUGCACGCAGUGCUGGCGCGCGUAAUUCCGGAUUGUGACCCGACGGAAGACGCCACGCAAAUGUCUCUCAUGAACUACAGCCACGGCGUGUUGGCAUUUUUAGUGGAGGUGGUGGAGAGGCGGGAAGCCUGGCUCCUGGCGGUGGAUAUGCGGCGAAAGACGGAGUGCGGGAAGGGGCGGUUACGCCUUCGCAAGCAGCUUGAGAAUAAACAGCGAUUAUUCGUUCGCCAUAACCAAUCCUACCUGUACUACGGGACCCACUCUGGCGCGGGCUUCCGUGGAUAUAAUCAAUGGGUCGUGAACUGCGUCGAGUUGGCGACGGGCAAACAGGUGAACGAGAAACCGGUGCAGCUGCACAAUUUCGCCGGCAACGAAAUCGGGCAGACGGUGUGCUUUGACGUGCACCAGGACCAUCUGUAUGCCGUGUCGUCCCAGACCGGUUUCGAAAUGGAAGAGGUCGACUGGACGUCGUUCUACGUCUGGGUCUGCGUGGCCCCCACCAACAAUACGAAGCGCGUGACACUGCAUCGGACCUGGCGCCGGCAGCAUCGGGAAGGCCCAAUUAAUGAUUCCUGGUCCGAUAUCUCUCUGCGACAUGAUGAGGCCACCAAACAGCUGAUCAUCCUGGAAUGUCGCCGUGAGUGGCAUAAAGGGGGCAGCGAGCAUUUCCGUACCUACUACGUGCAACCCCUUCCCUCGCCGGGCGAGAUUAUGCAAAGUAAGCCCCACGGCGAACCCUCCCGCCCUGUCUCUCUACCGGACGAACCGUUGACCAAAACCCUGGACCCGUCCAGCAAACCGAACUACGAACGCCCGCGGAAGCGCCUACGCCGACACUAUCACCCCGAAUACACGGUGGGGCACGACGACCCAGGACGCCGGCAGGAAUUCAUCUUGAAUCGAACUAAACUACGCACGUACAACCUGUCCGCGUCGACGUUUGUCGAUCUCGUCAAUGACCCCUGCCCAACCCUGGGGAGCCUCAUCCCGCAUGACCGGUUGCGGUUGCGCAUGGUGUCCCGCAAGCGCAAGUGCCCCAUUGAUGAGCUAGGCGAAGAAGGGCCGGCAAACCUGUUAUAUCGACCAGAGAUUCCAAAAGACCAAGAACAAGAGGAGGAUGGCCAACCCUCAGACGGCAGUGAAGAACGUUUCGCUUCCCGCGGAGUCCGUCUGUGGCCGCCCGACAACGCACCGCCCGAAUUGACCCAACUUCUCUGCCCAUCCAAGAGAACUGGCAAAGUCGAGGCUAUGGCGGACGAACGAACGAUCAUCUACACGGUGAAUCAGGAGGGCCUGAGCUCCGAUAUGCAGGCGAUCAUCCUCAUCAACUUCGAUCCGGCGCUGCGACUGCCCGGCCUGCAGCGCUUGGACAUGUCUGGCGCGCCAGAAACCCAACCGACCAACCUAGCGAAUGACACUGCGCGGCCGCAUAUUGAGGUCAAGGGACAAGGGCUGGCCUUCUCUCUGCCGACGGUCAGCCAGCGUAGGACUAACCAGAAGGAGACAUCUGUCCGGGAGGAACUGGCGAUGUAUAUGAAAAUCCAACGUGGAUACUGGCUACGAUAGC